AUGAAAGGAGUUAUGAGAUUUGGUCGGAAGGGUAAGCUAAGCACUAGGUAUAUCAGUCCUUAUGAGAUUUUGGACCGAAUUGGGUUGGUGGCAUAUAGAUUUGUUUUACCUCCGAGAUUGUCUAUUGUUCAUCUUGUAUUUCAUGUGUCUAUGAUUAGAAGAUAUGUUGGUGAUGAUAACCAUAAGAUUCAGCCAGAAGAUGUGGAGCUUGAUGAGAAUUUGACUUAUAAGGAGGGUCCGAUAUCUAUUCUUGAUAGGCAAGUGCGACAAUUGAGGUCGAAGAAGGUAGCUUCAGUCCAAGUGUUAUGGCGUAAUCAUCCAACCGAGGAAGCUAGUUGGGAGUCUGAAGCAGAUAUGCGAGAUAAAUAUCCUCACUUAUUUGAGGCGACAGAUACUGGUGCUGAGAAUGAGGCUGGUGGUUGA